AUGUUUUAUGCUACAGAAUCAAAAUGCGGCUUACAAAGGGCUGGAAGGAGACGGCGUAACCAUCUCGCCUUAUAUACAGAUGAUGAUGCACACGACCUCAGUGACCUUGGAAUUGGAACCUCCAGUACCAAGAGCAGCCUUAGUGAAGACUGUGACACGCAGAGUUUGGCUAGCGAUGGCAUGGAUUUGGAUAAAAACCACUUAGAUAUGGACAAUCUGUCUAAUUAUGAAGGCAACCGAAAAGUGGGAUCCAGUGCCAAUGAAUACGACACUAGUACGACUACGACUAUAAGCUCCCCUGAGCCAGAAGAAUAUACGUACGAAGGUGCGAUAGAAGGAUAUAAGUCCAGAAUCAUUUCGACUACAAAUAGCAACAUUGUCAAAACUGUCGUUAAUAAUAACAGCAAGGACAAGUCUCCGGAAAAAUCGAAUGGUGAUAUACAUAAAAUAAGAACAUCUGUAAGUAAUAAAAUUGAAGAAAAACUUUUCUCAUUCCAACAAGAGCGAUCUAACGACUUAAGGAACAAUAAUCCAAAGAAAGAUUUACCUAAAGUCGACAUACAUAAACGUAGAGAACAGUUUGAAAGGGAAAACUCGCAGGAAUCCCAAGUUAACAAAUUUAAAUUGCCUGAUAUUGCGAAUAAAAAAUCAAUUAAAGAAAGACUGUCUAGUUUAGAAAAAUUCACAGAAGAAAACCAAGUGCAAAAAUCUACAAGUGAUCUGACAAAGUUACCAACGGAAGUGAAACCUUUAAAAGAGCGUUUAUCUUCUUUAGAGAAAGUUAAAACCACUGAGCCUGAAAAAAUGAAGCGACUCUCUAAUGGAGAUUUAAGUAACACAAAAUCACUAAGGGAGCGAUUGUCAAGUCUCAAAUCACAAACAUCAGAAGAAGAAGUAAAAGUAAUGAAAACUGAAGUAAAAGAAGUUUCAAUGAGUCUUAAAGAAAGAUUGUCAUGUCUCGAUGCAGCAAAAAAUAAGGACAUCCCUAGGAUAUCUGUGGAAGAACAAAUAAACAGUAUAAUGAAUGCUGCGGAAGAAACAACAAACACUUUGAAAAAUGAAGCUCCCGACGACAAUGUGUUAAAAUCAAACCUCACAGCAAUAGAAAGUCAAAUGCAGAGCUUCUGUCGCUCUUUAGACAGCUUAGAUAUAAACGAUCAAACAUCUUCCAACUCGUUCGAAAGAGUUCAAAGUCUAGAAGAUUUAUGCGCGGACAUGCAAAACAAUACAAUCCCAAGUGAUAUAGAAACAGAAGAUAGUGGCAUACAUACCGCUAGAGAUUCUUAUGCACCUGCAGAUGAUAUCGCUGAUCUCACCCAAGUGGCUUCUCCAAUAGGAGAACCUAUGGUCGAGGUUUCCGAAUACGAAUCGUCGAAUGAGGAUUGUUUAACAUUUGAAAGUAAAAUGGAAAAAUCUACAGAACAGCUUACAGAAAGUCCCGAGAGUGAAAACAAAGAUCUCUUCAUAGAGGAGUUCGGUGAUGACAACAAGACUGAAGAUACCGACAGUGCAAGUAAUUAUACACAAGCUUUGUCACACCCUGAUGAACUGAGUGUCACAGAUGAUGUAACAGAAAUUCAAGUCGAUAAAGACGAUGAAGACACCUUAAAAAGUUUGGAAAAUCAAGAUUCCAGUGUAAGUUUAAAUGAGCCGGUAUCGGUGGGGUCGGACGGCGAUGCCGUGGUGUUUGAGGGGAAAAUGACCAUACAUCUGAACUUGAAUGAGAUAUGUAACAACUCUGGUGCUGGGACCGCUGCUAGCGAGACUAGUGCAAGCAACACUAACAGCAACAACUCUACUAACAAAAGCAUGCCUAUGGUCAUAGACGCUUUAGAACUAGCGUUCAAAGAGCUCGAUUCGGAAGAAAGUGCAAACAUUACGAUGAGUGACACUGAUAAAUUGGAUGAAUCUAACGUAGAAAUAACAAAAACCAAGGUGUCCGAAUCAGAUUUUGGUAACAAACGAGUGCCAGUGACACCAUUGUACGAAAACAUAGAUAUAUUUGGUCAAAACAAUGUAGUAGACGCAGGCACAUUUCCGCUGGACUUACCAGCAAAUAUAUUAGAGCCACCCAAGGAAAAACCGCCACCACCACCAGCAGAAGAAAGUCCCGAUGACGAACUACUUGGAAAUGGAAAUUUCAAACACGCAAACUCCGCGCGUCGUAUUAAAAAGGAGAUUCGUAACAAACGUACCAGUUUUCUUGGUAUCGAGGGCCAGGAUGACAGCUACCUCGACGUGGACCUAACCCUGGCUCCAAGACCAGACAUCACCUCUUUCCUGCAAGAAGAGACGAAAAUAGAGAAGCUCCUGUACAAGAAAACCCUUUCCCAUGAUAUGGACGCAAAGUUGAGGGAUAGCAGAGAUUCGGGAGUCGAUAUUGAUAGAGGACCCUCGGCUGAGGCCUGGUAUAAGGGAUCUUCGCCAGAGACAUCCACACCGCAUAGCAGACAAAAUAGUGAGCCAUAUACCCAAAUGACAGUGACUUCAGACGAAGAAGAAUCUUCGAAAAAGAAAAAUGAAACAUUUGCUAAAGAUCUCACUGAUAAAUUGAGCGACUUACCGAAUGAAUCGCAUGAUAAAAUCGAUCAUUUAGACAAGAAACUACAACAACAACAGCGUGAAAGUUUAACUCAUCCGCCAUUUUAUGUGUGUGUAAAUAACAAGAUGGCCGACAUGGUACAUUCACAGGCUCGCAUUAAUGAAGAUUGGCACGAGCGCCAUUUUGACGAUGCCCACACAAAGGAAGUACUGCGAUUCGAAAGAGAACUUUUACAACUCGAGCAAGAAGAAUUAAGAAGGCAAAAGGAAAACCUACUGCGUGAUCAACACAGAAUCAUUCAGAAGUCCAUACAAGAUAUUUCUGUCGCUAGUACGCCAGAAAAGAGAAAAGGCGUUCAGAACUACAGACACUCAAUGCCAAAUUUGUUAUUGGCUGAACACAGUCCUAUUCACAAACCACCACCUCUGCUCGAGAAUCCUAUCAUAGACGAGAGCUUGAAACGAAAGCCAUUCGUCUCAGAAGAACAUAUCGAGAAUCAUUUUGGUGUUGAAGAAAGCAGAAAAGUAUUGUACGAUGACAAACCUAAAUAUGACAGAAGAGUACCUGUAAGACCGGCCCAACCAGUUCUUCCACCCAAACCAAAAAGCAGAGAAUCUAUAGAACGGGAGAUCACCAUGAGGAGUAGUAGAACUCCGUCAGCCGUGGAGUAUGCGAAUGUUGAUAGAAACGGUGUCCAGCUCAGACAGAAACCUGUGAAUGCCAAUGGGCAAUAUCAUCCCAUGACCAGACACACACUUCAAGCGCUAAGUGCAGCUCCUACACCAAAAUUGAUCUCAAAUACGGAGUGGAUGCAGAACCGCAAUCCUCCGCGACAGAAACCUCCCAACUAUAACUAUAACCAACAUUGGCUUGUACAGGAGGCAGAACAUCGUCGUAUAGAGGAGCAACGAAACAAGAUGCGAGCACGUCACUCAUACCACGACCUCGCUCCGACUGCUGCGCCGCACACGCCCAAUCUCUCACCCACCAAAAACGUCCCACAUGCAAACAGUCAACAAGUUGUGCAAGAGCGGCGACCUAUCCGGCCCGACAUUAGCCGUGACCGUCCUGAAGCAAACCGUGAUGACAAACUUCUUAGUGUUAGUGGGAAAAGGAAAUGCUCGCAUUGUGGAGAAGAAUUAGGUCGUGGUGCAGCUAUGAUAAUCGAGUCUCUGUCGCUCUGCUACCACGUGUGGUGUUUCACAUGCGCCGUGUGUGGUGGUGCCUUGGGAGACGGCCGAGCUGGGGCAGACGUACGCGUGCGACACAACCGCUUACAUUGCCAUCAUUGCUACUCCACUGACGAUGGAGACAAGUACUCCAGGGUCUGA